AUGUCCUAUAGAGAUUUAAGAAAUUUCAGUGAAGAUAUGCGUGCACUAGGUUUUCCUGAGCAUAUAUCCUUGGAAAGCUUUCGCACGCCCAAUUGGGAUUUGUUGGACUCGUGCCUUCGAUGGCUGGCAGCCAGAUUAGAACCUGAUGCUGUGCUGGCUGGCGGUAAGGAUUCGGUGGAGCAAAGAGUUGCCAUGGUGAUGCAUGCUGUGGAAAUCUUUCAUUCCCGUGCAAACUUGAAGCUGAAUGGCAAGAAAGUGUACGGAGCGGACGGAUGGGCAGUUCGUGAGUUGCUGAAGGUGGCGGCGCUGCUUCGCACGGCCUUGGAGACGCCGCCGCCCGUGGACGGCCCGGAUCACGUACCUUUGCUGUAUGACGUCACCUCACGGAUUGGCGAAAUAAAGCAAGCUCGCAGUCUGGCCACAGACAUCACGGCUCAGGGGGCUUAUCUGCACGACUUGUUGGUGAAGGAACCCGAGAAUAAGGAGUCUCGCAGCCGCGCCCUGUCUCGUCCGCUGGACACGAGUGCGACGGAGGCGGCGCUGCGUCGGGCCUCGUCGGCGUUGGCAGAGCGCGUCGCGGUGACUCGCGAGGCGGCGGAGGCGGCGUCGGGGAGCGAGGCCGCUUUAGUCGCGAAGACCGAGCGGCGCCGAGCUGAGUUGCAGCGUGCAGAGAAGCGGCUACGCACGGUGCAGAAGAUCAAGCCGGUGUAUCAAACGGAGCUGACGGCUCUGGAGAUGGAAAUCGAACAGCUUUGGGAUCAGUACGUAGUGAGGUACCGGUGCGUGGAGGCGCUUAAGCAUCAGCUCAGUUUGUUGGAGACGGCACAGAAUGAGUCUGCCGAAGAGCAGCAGGCAUCGAUCCUGCAGCUGAUUCACAAAUAUGAAGCCGAAGACGUGUUGGGGAAGCUCAGUGACUCUGAAGAGAUGAACUCCAGCGAAGACGAAAGGGAGACAAACCCGCGAGCUGCCUCUCGUCCUCGGACGAGGCUGCGGAUCAAGACUGCAGGAACCACCAACCCGGAGAAUCGCGGGGUGUGGGCGGGACGCGACUCGCUGGACAUCCGGGACGAAGACGACUCCGACACCGAAUCCGAUCCGGACGUCUCCGACACUCAGCUUUUCGGGGCGUCGGGAGGCAGCGGGCGGGCGGCGCGUUGGUCUCGUCGUCCGGGCACGCGCACCAUGACCCACGACGGACACUACGCGGACCUCGGCCUAGGGUUGGAGCGCAAGCUGGUGGAAGGAGACUCCCUCGGGAGUUCUUCGGAGAGCGAGCUGCGCCUCUCCAGCCCCAAACUCGGCCGCAACUCGGCCUUAAGCGACAAUGAGUUCUGA